AUGCUCCCGUCCGUCCCUCCUGUCACGCCCUUCCCGCCCCCAGGCGCUGCUGCCGUCCCUGUAACACUCGCCGACCCGGCAACGCCAGGGUCGAGGAGCCCGCAGGACGGCGCUUCCAUGGAGUAUGGUGUGCUCGUGCUGCUGCUGCCGGGGGAGGUCGCGGACAAGGGCAAGGGGGGCGCAGGCGGAGGCGGAGGGGCGGGCGGAGGGGGAGGGGGAGGCGGAGGGGGCGAGGGUGGCGUGAAGAAGUUCCGCCAGGAGGUGCUGGAGAAGGUGGAUACGGUUGCUGAGCAGGUGAGAGGGAGGGGGCGAAAGAGCGGUUCCAUGGAGUAUGGUGUGCUCGUGCUGCUGCUGGAGGAGGGCGAGCAGCUCAAGCAGGCCAAUCUCGAGGGCAAGUCCGCUGUCAAGGCCCGAGACAACUUCCUGCAGGCCAACCUGGAGGGCAAGUCCGCCGUCAAGGCCAGAGACAACUUCCUGCAGGCCCAUUCUCAGUCAUGUCUUGCUGUGGCUGCGUUCAUCUCCUCACUCCCCCCCGCCCACCGGGUGAUGAACGCCAAGAUGCUAACGCCAAUGCACUCCAUAACAGCCCUCUCCUCGCUCCUCGCCGAGUCGGACCUGAACGACGAGCAGCGCUCCAUGGCUGAAACCGUCGCCUUCUCCUCCACCCUCCUCGCCUCCCUCCUGUACGACAUCCUCGAGUUCUGGCGCCUGGAGGAUGGCAGAAUCAAAUCAACCUCCCCCUCUCCCGCCCUCCUCCCUCCUCCCUGCGUCCCCCACCCACCUCUGCAGGUGAUGAACGCCAAGAUGCGAACGCCAAUGCACUCCAUAACAGCCCUCUCCUCGCUCCUCGCCGAGUCGGACCUGAACGACGAGCAGCGCUCCAUGGCUGAAACCGUCGCCUUCUCCUCCACCCUCCUCGCCUCCCUCCUGUACGACAUCCUCGAGUUCUGGCGCCUGGAGGAGGACAACAUGAAGCUCGUGCUGGGCCCCGAGCAGUUUGAGCUGCCCGCUCUCGUCACCGAGGCGGAGACGCUCUCGUCUCCUAUUGCAAAGGACAAGGGCAUCAUGCUCACAUUCAAAGCUGAUCCCAACCUUCCGGAGAGCGUUGUCGGAGACGGGAACCGCCUGCUGCAGGUGCGUUGGUUGGUGCUAGCUAGCCUCUGUGUCUGUCUGCGCCACCCUGCUUGCCUCUCCCUCUUCCUCCCCCUCUUCCUCCCCAUCUUCCUCCUCCUUCCAUCUGCCUCCCCCCUCCUCGCCCUCCUCUCGCCACCAGGUGCUGCUGAACACGGCUUUGUGCUCAAGGCGGAGGCGGGGCACACGUUCAUCCGCUUCGAGGUGAAGGACUCGGGCGUGGACCUCCAGGCGGCUGACAUCCCCAAGCUGUUUGACAAGUUCCAGGAAGAUGAAACGAAAGGCAGCCGCACGGGGCUCGGAUUGGCUCUCUCGAGGAAGUUUGUGCAGCUGAUGAACGGGCACAUAUGGAUGGAGAGCAACGGGCGCGGCAAGGGCGCGACGUGCAAGUUCCUGGCCAUGCUGAAGCUCGAUGCUGAGGGCAGCGAUGGCAGCGACGACGACCAGGACGAGGGCCCUGACGUCAACUUCUUUGCUCUGCGGAUCAUGGUGGUGGACGACAACAUGGUGAACCGCCUCGUGACAAAGCGUCUUCUGGAUCGCAUCGGCAUCUCAACGCGGGUGGUGGAGUCGGGCAGGGAGUGUCUGCGCAUUCUGGCGGAGGAGCAGGACGAGGAGAAGUACGACGUGCUCCUGCUCGACCUCAUGAUGCCCGAGAUGGAUGGGUACACGGUGGCGAACAAGAUCCGCACGGAGCUAAAGCAGGAGCUGCGGCCGAUGAUAGUGGCGCUGACAGCCAACGCGGACGAGACCACCAAGGACCAGUGCCUGCGCCACGGCAUGGCCGGCAUGAUCACCAAACCCAUCUCCCUCAACGCGCUCCCCUCCCCUUUCCACUUCCCUUCUUUCCUCCCCCCUCCCCCCCAUCUUUCCGCCUCCCUUCUUUCCUCGCCCUCUUUCCGCCUCCCUUCUUUCCUCCCCCUUUUUCCGCCUACCUUCCUUCCUCCCCGCCUUUCCACUUCCCUUCUUUGCUUUCCCCCCACCCCUCCCCUCUCCAGAUGGAUGGCGCACGAAAUUGUUGAAGAGGGCGCGUGGGGGUGGGGAGUGCGGGCGCGGAGGAAGGGGGAGAGGGGAGUGGUGGAAGGGGUUGAUGGGAGAGGGAGGGGAGAAGGGGUGUUUUUAAAACUUGCUGAGGAGCAGAGAAUGUUGCCUUGGCGGAAGCCCACCGUCAUGCCUGGACCCAGCAACCCGGCAGUCAACCUCGAUGAAGCCAAAGGCGCUAAUGGCGUCGUGACGAACGUCCCUACUAGCGUCGAAAAGGCGGCGGCGGACGGUAACCUGGCUUCCUUGAAGGGUACGACAAUCGUGAGCACGACCACUGACAGUAUGCUGAUGGUGGCCGUGAAGAAUUCCGCGUGGAACGCCAUGAAGUGCAAAAACGGCAUGAAGGGCAUGGACGCGAUUGGAAAGGGCGCGUGCACUCCUUCGAACUGCUCCUUCGGCGGCAUUCCCGCCAAGUGGAAGACGUCGAACCUGCUCAAGAACAAGCUCGGUGUGGAGGUGUACGUGAAGGGCAACCCCCUUACGAUCAAGAAGGCUUCCCCGCAAACUUGCUGCAACUCGUGCGCGGGUUACCCUGGCUGCACGUACUGGCAGUACAUUCCCGAUAUCACCAUCGACGGCAAGAAGUCGGACGGUGCGUGCUACCUUGUGCACGACAACAUCGACUUCACGUGCGGAGAGAUGACGGCGCAGUAUGCGACGGACUCGAAGCCAAUUGCCCUGCAGGUGCGCACGGGCGGGGAGUGCAACCCCUCUUCGAAAAUCUCGAACGACCCGCAUCUGGUGGGCGCGUACGGGACGCACUUCGACUUCAACGGGCGCCCCGACAAGGCGUUCUGCCUGCUGGCCGACAAGGACCUUCACAUCAACAUGCUGCUGCGCGGGUACUACUCGGACGACACGGAGAACGCCGCGCUCGUCGUUGACGGCAAGGCCGUGCACACGUGGAUCAAGGAGCUCGGCAUCAUCUGGUUCGCCAACGGCGCCGACCACAAGGUGCGCCUCGCGGCGCGCGGCGGCAAGCAGCAGGAGCGCGGCGACGGAUUCAUGAAGACGAUCGAGAUCGACGGCAAGCAGAUGCCGAAAAUGAGCGUCGGCGACGAGGUGACGACUGAGGGCGGUCUGACGCUGCGAUUCGUGGCUCUGGAGAAGGAGGGUCCCUAUGACGUGGACUACUACACCCUCCAGAUCGACGGCCUCGUGGGUCUCGACCUGCGCCUGCGCGUUGCCAACCCCAAGCUUCAGACCCCCAACGACGCCGAGGCGCACAUCAAUGUCGGGAUUGUCGAGCUGGAGCACACCGACGACGUGCACGGCGUGCUCGGCCAGACGUACCGCCCCGACCACGCGGAGCGCGCCGCCAACUUCCAGAAGCUGAUCGCGAACCUGCACCGUCCGAUCUCGGCGGAGAGCGAGGAGGGCGCUGGGUUCCUUGACGGCACUCCCCGCAUGUACGAGUCGAGCUCCGUGCUGUCCGUGGACUGCGCGUACACGGAGUACCACCGCGCCAAGCAGCUGAGCCCCGUGCAGCAGUACGAGAUGGAGCCUCUCAACUAG